AUGGCUCCUAAGAAGGUCAUCAGUGAGGCGGCAAAGGCACGUGCCCAGACACGCGUCAAAGCGAAGGCGUUCGCCUCUGCUUACGUUGGCGCUGAAGCACCUCCAGCACCAUGGGUGGGGACUACAGACGAUUACAUUACCCAGAUGGUUGCGACCGAAGAUGUGCUCUCCUCUGUGGCGAUGUCUUCCACGGAGACCAUCCAGAACAUCAUCCCUGCUCUCUCCGAUAAGAUUGCAAAGCAGACUGAGGUUCUCAAUGCUUGUCAAAUGAUUGUCAAGACACGCGAGCUCGCCCUCCAGAAGCAACAGAAACCACAAGUUGAGAAGCCGACCAAGAUGGAGAAGUACAAAGGCAAAAUGGUCAUCUUCGUGAAUACUCCGUCUGGGCAACGCAUCAAGAUUGCCGUGUCACGUGCCAAGUCGCUGGCAUUCUUCAAGGAGCGUGUCGGUGAGAAGACCAAAGAGUUUGGCAGCAGCUCCUCGAUGUUCAAGAGCAUUGCCAUUGUCAAGAACAGCAAGUUCCUGAACAACCACCCGCGUGGCAUGAUCGUGAAUAUGUUGGAGGACGGUUGUGAGGUUGAUGUGAUGUGGUAUGAUGACCUUCCCGAUGAUGCUUUCCCAGAUGGUGAGGAGAUGGCUCCGAAUGACACCGACGCUCUGACCAGCGAUGAGGAGUCGGAGGAGAACAUUGAUGAGCAGUGA